CCCUACGUUUCAUUUAACAGCGGAGAGCCUCCGUUUCACAAAGCAACUGUGUUGCGUCUGCCAGCUCUCUGUCUGCGUGUCUGCGCUAGUGGAUGAGCGAGCGAGAGAGAGAGAGAGAAACCAAGAGUGAGAGAGAGAGACUGAGAGAGAUAGCAAGAGAAAGCAAGCAAGAGAGGGGAGCAAGGGAGAACGGGCGAGGGAGAGCGAGACAAAGCUAUGAAAUUAAUCUGUGUGGUUUGCCUGCUGUUUCUCUUCCCAGCUCUGAGCCUUAAUAAAAGACAGAGCUAUGAGGGACUUGAGCGGAAGCUGAAGGAGGUAUUCACGGAGAGGGCCGGAAUCCUGCGUCAACUCUCCAAAACAUCAAAUGAAUUAGACAACAUAAAAGGCAACUUAAAGUCUCUGAAAAAUGGUGAGAGGGUGCCCAAAAAGGAUGUCCAGAGAAUUCUGGAACUCAGCCAGAAACAAAGGGACGAGAUGAAGUCUCUCCAAGCAGCACUGCAGAAGCAGCUGGAUGAGGCUACAGAGAGAGCAGAGAAACAGCAGGCCACGGUGAGCGACCAACCACACUUUCUGUUCCACUGUACCCAUCACUUAGGAUCCACACCUGAGAGCCUCACCCUGUCACCUUGGGACCAGACCUCAAUGCCUCACCUUAUCACCUGGGACAGAAACCAUGUGGUCUAUCACUCAUAACCUAGAUCAUAUGAUCUUACCCUGUCA